CUCUCUCUCUACAACUUUAUUUCUCUAUCUAUCUCCUCUGUUUUCUUCCUCCUCUGUUUCAAUGGAGGAACAAAACUGGAUAAGAGGACCAAUCAUUGGCCGGGGCUCAACCGCCACUGUCUCACUAGCAACCACAAACUCCGGUGAUCUCUUCGCCGUCAAAUCCUCUGAGUUUUCUUCAUCGGCGUUUUUGCAGAGAGAACAAACGAUCUUAUCCCGUUUGAGCUCUCCUUACGUAGUCAAGUACAUUGGUUCUAAUACAACGACGGAGAACAACACACUGAUGUAUAACCUCCUGAUGGAAUACGUUCCCGGCGGGAGUAUACACGAUUUAAUCAAGAACUCCGGCGGGAAGUUACCGGAGACGGAGAUAAGAUCCUACACGCGACAGAUACUGAAAGGUUUAAUGUAUCUUCACGAAAGAGGAAUCGUUCAUUGCGAUUUGAAGAGCGAGAAUGUUAUGAUCGGAGAGGAAACAGCGAAGAUCGCCGAUUUGGGAUGCGCUAAAAUGGCGGGAAAUGGGAGUUUGGAGUUUUCCGGUACACCGGCGUUUAUGUCGCCGGAGGUGGCGCGUGGUGAGGAGCAGGGGUGUCCGGCUGAUGUGUGGGCUUUGGGGUGUUUGGUGAUAGAGAUGGCUACGGGUUUAAGGCCUUGGCCGGAGGUAAACGACGUCGUGGCGGCGAUUUAUAAGAUUGGGUUCAGCGGUGAGUCGCCGGAGAUUCCGGAGGUUUUGUCGGAGAAAGGUAAAGACUUUGUGAGGAAGUGUCUGGUAAGAGAUCCGAAACAGAGAUGGUCUGUUGAAGAGUUGCUUCAACAUCAGUUUCUUGGUGAAAAAGACAAAACUCAAACUCAGUUUGGUUGUUGUCUGAAGAAUUCUUCUUCUCCUAGUACUGUGUUGGAUCAAGGUUUUUGGGAUUCAUGUGAAACUUCGAGAAGUCAGUUCAUUCAAGCGGAUCAUGAAGACCCAUUUGUAAAUUCUUCACCGGUUGAUAGAAUCAAGAAACUCGUCGGAGAUGAGAAUCCCGGUGAACCGGAGUGGAUUACGGAGGAGGAUGGUUGGAUUGAAGUUAGAGGCAAUGAGAUAGAGAAACGUAACGAAGAAGAAGAGGAUUGCGUUGAAGCAACGUCAUUGGAGGAAGAAGUGGGAGGGGAGUUUGAGAAUUGGAUCUGGGAUCAAGAAGACAGCUUGUUCUUGGAAUAUUCUUGUACUGAGAACAACAUUUUUUAUUUUUACUCUCGUAGCCUCUUUCAUGAGGAUAAUAUAAUUCUAUAUUAUGAUCAUCUUGAAGAUGGUUUUGUACACAAAGAUGUAAAAUUUCUUGAUGAGAAUACUAAGAAUCAUUUUUUAUUCACAUUACAAUAG